GGCAGCCGGUGCACUCUUUGAAUUCUCUCAAGCAGUGUUGUGACGGUGGGCUCCUCUGGCAGGGAGGGUCCCUGCAGAGCUGAGGGAGAUUUCCAUCCUCCUGGUGUGUACCGUGCGCACACACGUGAGGGACAGAGAAGAGCAACUUUGGCAGGACUAGAGCCCGCAGCAAGUGGCGUGCAAGGCUGUGCCCACCUGUUUUGCCAGGAACAAGUAGACGCCACGACGCGGAUUGGGCAUGCCCGGGCUCCCAGUCUCCUCCAGGUUGAGGCCACCAGCUGAGAGGCCCCGGCCCGUCCACACCGCGCUCCGAAUCCCGCACGACGCCCACUCUGGGGGUCGGCGGGAACCUGAGACCUUGGACAAACCCGGGGGCACCGGCCAGGUGGGCCACCAACUGCCCUGGAAGUUGACUAGUGACCGCGGAGCCGAGCGGAGUUUCCCAGCGAAGACGAGGGAAAAGGCAGACAGCAAGAUUUACACUGACUGGGCGAAUCACUACUUGGCAAGGUCUGGCCACAAGCGACUCAUCAAGGAUUUACAACAGGACGUUGCCGAUGGCGUUCUUUUGGCAGAGAUCAUCCAGAUUAUUGCAAAUGAGAAGGUGGAAGCCAUCAACAGUUGCCCGAGGAGCCAGGCCCAGAUGAUUGAGAAUGUUGAUGCCUGUCUCAGCUUCCUGGCAGUGAGAGGAGUUCAUAUCCAAAGUCUCUCGGCUGAAGAGAUUCGGGAUGGAAAUCUGAAGGCUAUUCUGGGGCUCUUCUUCAGCCUGUCGCGGUACAAGCAGGAGCAGCAGCAGCAGUACCAGGAGCCAGCUGGUUUCCAGCAGCUGUCGGCGGGCAGUGCCGUGGUCUCACAGCAGAGAGCGCCAGCUGAAAUGCAGUCAAGUUUGGUAGCUGGACAAACACAUCAGUCCAAACAUGCUGGAAGUGCAGCCAAUCAGAAAAAGUCUACCAGGCUCCCAGGUCCCUCCAGGGCAGCAAACGCUGGCAGUACCACCAAGGUCCAAGGAGCCAACAACUCGAACAGGCGGAGCCAGAGUUUCAACACCAUUGACAAGAACAAGCCUCUGCAGUAUGCAGCCGGCAGUGAGCGAGAGUCACCUAAAGGUCCAUCUUUACCAGGGGGCAUGAAUGGGACCCCAGCAACUGGAGGGGGCAGUGGGCAGCAGCCGGUCUCUGCCAUCCCUUCCCCCAGCUCCAGCAAAGCAUGGCGCAGCAAGUCAAUGAACGUCAAGCACACAGCCACGGCGCCCAUGCUGAGUGUGAAGCCACCGAGCCCAGCCACCUCGCCCACCCGCCCGCCCCAUCCUGAAGCUCCCGAAGCCCCCAGAGUCGGCGAGCAAAGGUCCGUGCUGGAGAAGUUCAAGCUGAGCCACGGCAGGUCACCAUCCCGGCUGCCUGGGUCCUCGAGCGGCACUGGGGCAGUGGCGAUCCCGGAGGGAGGCAGGGAAGAGGGUACACCCUCGGAAGGCGGGGAGAUGGAAGGCAGCCCCAAGGCCUUGCCAAAGGGGCCCAGCCAACGAGCGGGCGGCAAGGGCCCCGGCCACAAGAAGCCUGCGGCCCAGCCGAAGGACGAAAGGGAGAAGGAAAAGGGCAAGGGGGCUAAGGCCGCUAAGGAAGACAGGGCCAGCGAGGUGCCCAGGAAGAGCUCAAAGAUUGCCAGCCUCAUUCCCAAGGGGGGCAAGGCAACCGGAGGCAAGAAGGAGUCUUCCAUCCCUGCGUCCAGUGGGAUCCCCAAGCCUGGAUCCAAGACAGUGGCGGCAGCAGCAGGGAAGGUGCUGCCACCGGGAGCCAAGGAGGCGGAGAAGGUCAAGAGUGCCAAGAGCAGCCCCAGCCACCACCCACAGAAAAGCCCCAGUGAGGGGAAAGCUUCUGCAACCCCCUUGGAGGGGAGGGGCACGGGCCUCGCCUCCUCGCCCCCCUCCUCCUCUUCCUCUCCGAGUGCCGUCGGGGUCUCGGCUCCCGCAGGAGGCGCUGGCAGCCACACACCGGGUAGUCCCAAUGCGCACGUCUACCUGCCUCAUUCGCAGCAGCAAUACAGCCACCCCAACACUGCCACCGUCGCACCCUUCUUGUACAAAACACACUCGGACAGCGAUGGCUCUUCACUACAUAGUGGCGAUGUAAGUGCCGGCCACACAAAACUGGAUUCUGUUUACAGCAAGACAGCCAAACAGUGCCUCGAGGAGAUCUCUGGGGAAGAUCCGGAGACCAGGAGAAUGAGGACGGUGAAGAACAUUGCCGACCUGCGUCAGAACCUGGAGGAGACCAUGUCCAGUCUCCGUGGGACACAGAUAAGCCAUAGCACUUUGGAGACAACCUUCGACAGCACUGUCACCACUGAGGUCAACGGGCGCACCAUUCCCGCUGUCUCUGCCAGGACCUCGGCUAUGGGCUGGCGCUUGGGGCAGAACAGCCCUCGGCUGCAAGCUGGAGAUGCCCCUUCCCUAGGCAGUGGGUACCCCCCACCGCGGGCUGGCGCCGGACGCUACCUCCACCCCGAUGGCCCACGCUAUGCCUAUGGAGCACCCCUCCGCCGGACAGCCGGCUCCCGGGUCUGCAGCGUCCCCCAGUCGGAGCUGGUGGAAAGGGGGGGCGGCCCCGAGUUUGAUACGGCGCUCGGCAACGCAGACGCGACUGGCUACAUGAGUGACGGCGACCUGCUGGGGAAGAACGGCAGAGCCGAUGACAUUGGCAGCGGGUACAUGACCGAUGGAGGCCUUAACCUGUACACUCGGAGCAUGAACCGGAUCCCGGAUGUGUCUGCGACACGUGACAUCAUACAACGAGGCGUGCCUGAUGUGACAGGAGAUGGUGAUAGCUGGGAUGACAGCAGUUCAGUCAGCAGUGGUCUCAGUGACACACUCGACAACCUUAGUACUGAUGACAUGAACACCACCUCAUCCAUCAGCUCUUACUCGAACAUCACUGCAUCUUCCAGGAAGAAUACCAGCACUCAGCUCAAAGCAGACUCAGAAAAACACUCGACAUCAGAAAAUGAAGCAGCUUGGAGUGGAGAGGAGCUGAAGAAACCCGAGGACGGAGCGGAGAUAUCAAAGAUGGAACCAAAUGAGAAGUGGAAGAGGAAUCCCUCGGACCUGUCUGAUGACUCUGAGAAGGGGCAGAGACCCACAUUGUCUUUGUCCCAGACCGGAUCGUGGAGGCGGGGGAUGACGGCACAGGGAGGGGUACCCACUCCUCGGAGCAAGGCUACGCCCCUCCCCUUAAAGCCCAUUGGUAAGAUGGAUGAUGCCAAAGUGUCAGAGAAAGGGAAGGUGCCCCUGAAAGGGACAGCCACACAGCCUUCUCCACCUGAGGCAGGCAGGAACAGCGGCGACGAGGGCAAAAAGCCGCCCUCGGGGAUGGCGCGGACGCCCACCGUCUCCUUCGGCUUCAAGAAGGCCGGAGUCAGCUCGUCCGUCAGCACCACCGCCAGCGGGGUGACGGUGAGCAGCGGGUCCGCUACCCUUGGCAAGGUGCCCAAGUCCUCCGGCAUCCCCAGCAAGCCCGGCUCAGCCAGGAAGACCAGCCUGGAUGGAUCUCAGAACCAAGAUGACGGGAUCUUGCUGGUUAGUUCCCGGACCAACCUGCAGUACCGCAGCCUGCCCCGGCCAGCCAAGUCCAGUGUGGGCACCGCCAGUGGCCGCUGCAGCCAGCGCUCCAGCGCCAGUAACGUCGAGGGCGGCACCAAGGGGCCACCUGCUGCCCCCUCCUCCAAGCUCAGAGAGCCGUCAAAAGUGGGCUCUGGGCGCUCUAGCCCCAUCGGCAGCGCCGGCCCGUCCGAGCGGGAGAGGGCGGCAGUGUCCGAUCCAGAGAGUGCCUCACUGUCAACCUCACCCAAGUCCAGCCCCCCUCCCUCUACAGCUGGCGGGGCACCGGGGCUCAGGCAACAGGCGUCCAAGUACCCCGACAUCUCGUCACCUACCUUUCGCAGGCUGUUUGGCACAAAGGUUGCUGGCAAACCAGUCAGCGGGUCUGGCUCGGAAUCGGCAAAGAGCCCCACCAUUGUCUCCAGCCCCCAUGGCUCGCUGUCUCGCCAGGGCAGCCUGGAGUCACCGUCGACCGGUCCAGGGGGCCUGACUGGAGUGGGAGGCAAGCCAGCAGAGCAGGCGGUGGAGGGGAGUGGCCAGAGCCCCUCGCUGGCCUCCAGUCCCGCUUCCCUCCACUCGCUGCCUUCCAGUGGGCACCAACUGCCCGCCAGCCUCAGUAGCUCCCCUGGCGGCAGCAAGGACACCCUCAGCUACCCCUCUCUGACCAGCCUGCACACCAGCUCAGAGUCCAUCGACCUGCCGCUCAGCCACCAUGGCUCGCUCUCUGGCCUGACCACCACGCCCAAGGGGGAGGUACAGAACCUACUACUGAGGGCAGGCAGUGUCAAGUCAACCCUCUCCGAAAGUUUGCAACUUGAUCGAAACACGCUACCUAAAAAGGGACUGAGGUACACGCCAUCAUCUCGGCAAACGAGUCAAGAGGAGGGCAAGGAGUGGCUUCGAUCUCAUUCCACUGGAGGUCUUCAGGACACUGUCAGUCAGUCGCCUCUCCCCUCACCCUCUGCUAUCUCCUCUCCUUGUAGUGGGAUCUACACCUUCACUCAUUUAGGUCCCAGCAUGAUGCGCUCGAACAGCAUUCCGACGCAGGACUCCUCCUUCGACCUGUACGGAGACUCCCAGCUGGGUGGAAGUGCCAUUUCCCUAGAGGAAAGACCGAGGACGAUGAGCAGAUCCGGAUCCUUCCGAGGCAGCAUGGAAGAAGUCCAUGGAUCGUCUCUAUCUCUGGUUUCAAGCACAUCGUCUCUUUACUCCACUGCAGAAGAAAAAGCACAUUCAGAGCAAAUUCGAAAACUUCGAAGGGAACUGGAUACUUCCCAGGAGAAGGUUGCUACUCUCACCUCCCAACUCUCAGCCAAUGCUCAUCUUGUGGCAGCCUUUGAGCAAAGUCUAAGCAAUAUGACCUCACGACUGCAGAACCUCACAAUGACAGCCGAGCAGAAGGAAUCGGAACUAACGGAACUGAGGGAGACAAUCGAAAUGUUGAAGAGGCAAAACUCGGCAGCACAAGCAGCCAUUCAGGGUGCCUUGAAUGGGCCUGAUAAUGCAAACAAAGAUGUACGGAUUAGAAGACAACAUUCUUCAGACAGUGUUUCAAGCAUCAACAAUACUGCCAGCCACGCAAGCAUGGGGAAUGCGAAUGACAUGGAGUCAAAGAAAAAGAAGAAGAAACAAAGUUGGCUGAGAAGCUCGUUCAAGCAAGCUUUUGGUAAAAAGAAAUCUUCGAAGUCCAAUCCCUCCCACUCAGACAUUGAAGAGAUCCCUGACCCCUCACUGGCAUCAUCACCGAAACCCCAUCAAGAGUCAACAGAGGCUGGAGGCAUAAAAUCAUCGCACUCAACAUCUGCGAUCUGCGAGUGCACGGAGUCAGAGGCCGAGGCCAUUGUCCACCUCAAGAGUGAGCUGCGGGAGAAGGAGCUGAAGCUGACCGACAUCCGGCUCGAAGCUCUGAGCUCAGCUCAUCACCUCGAUCAGAUCCGAGAGGCUAUGAACAGGAUGCAGAAUGAGAUCGAGCAACUUAAAGCAGAGAAUGAUCGCCUGAAGUCGGAAACAGGUAGCAGUGGGGCAGCCCGCACACAGUCCCGGUCUUCGACCUCCUCCUCCUCCUCCUCGUCCCGCCAGUCCUUGGGACUUUCCCUGCAAAACCUCAACGUCACAGACUCUAUGACAUCAGACAUCCUACUUGACGAGGGGACAGAUGGAAAAUUUCGGAAGGAAUGCUGUAACGUCAGGAUUAUGAUCUGCUUGAACAAACAGCUCAAACGAACCAAGGAUGAAAAGACGCCUCAGUAUCUGAUUGGCUCCAUUGGAGUCAGCGGAAAGACAAAAUGGGAUGUUCUUGAUGGUGUUAUUCGUCGAUUGUUCAAGGAGUAUAUUUUCCGUCUGGAUCCGUCUACCAGCCUGGGUCUGUCCACCGACAGCAUAGUCAGCUACAAUGUAGGUGAUAUCGUAAGAUCCUACAACAUGGAGUUACCUGAGCUUCUCCCUUGUGGGUACCUGGUUGGGGAUAGCAACGUCAUCACAGUGAAUCUUAAAGGUGUGGCGGAGAACAGUGUGGACAGUUUGGUGUUUGAGGCCCUGAUCCCAAAGCCCACCAUGCACUGUUACCUCAAUAUACUACUGGAACAUCGGAGGAUCAUACUUUCUGGACCCAGCGGGACUGGGAAAACCUACCUGGCCAAUAAACUGGCCGAGUUCCUGGUGAAUAGAUCUGGGCGGGAGGUCAGCAACGGGUCAAUAGCUACAUUCAACGUGGACCACAAGUCCAGCAAGGAAUUGCGGCAAUAUCUGUCAACUCUGGCCGAACAGUGUGCCGCUGCGGAUAAUGGAUCCGAGCUUCCGCUGGUAAUAAUCCUCGACAACCUCCAUCAUGUCGGUUCUCUGAGUGACAUCUUUAACGGAUUCCUCAACUGUAGGUACCACAAAUGUCCGUAUGUCAUUGGAACGAUGAACCAGGCUGUCUCCUCAUCGGCCAACUUGGAGCUUCAUCAUAACUUCAGGUGGGUGCUGUGUGCCAAUCAUACAGAACCCGUGAAGGGAUUUCUGGGUCGUUACUUGCGUCGUAAGCUGAUUGAGACGGAAAUUGACAAAAACAUGCGCAACAAUGACCUCCUGAGAAUUAUUGACUGGAUUCCCAAAGUGUGGCAGCAUCUCAAUGGCUUCCUGGAAUCUCACAGUUCUUCUGACGUGACCAUUGGUCCCCGUCUCUUUCUCUCCUGCCCUUUAGAGGUGGAUGGUUCCAGGGUAUGGUUCACGGAUUUGUGGAACUAUUCUCUCAUCCCGUAUCUUCUGGAAGCUGUUCGAGAGGGUCUUCAGCUGUACGGUACCAGAUCAGAGUGGGACGAUCCUUCCCGCUGGGUGCUGGACACAUACCCGUGGACCACCUGCUCCCUUCAGCAGGAGUGGCCAUGUCUUCUGCAGCUGCGGCCUGAAGACGUUGGCUACGACGGGCACAUCUCCACCAAGGAAGGGGGCUCCUCCAAGCACGUUCCUCAGAGUGACAGCGACAGGGACCCACUGAUGAACAUGUUGAUGAGACUGCAGGAGGCAGCCAACUACUCGAGCGCACAGAGUUGUGAUAGUGACAGCACCAGUCACCACGAUGACAUCCUGGAUUCAUCUUUGGAGUCGACUCUCUGAAGCAGGGGUCGGAAUGGCGGACUGCUCGUCAAAAACCCACCCUUGUCUACUGACACUGCGAAGCAGCAAACGAGAGCUCAGCGCCAACGCCGGUCGCAGAUUGCCUGGGGACGGGGUGUUUAGAGAGAGCUUGUACAGCCUGAACAAUCUGUGUUGGACUGCACACUAGCAGGCACAGGCUCAGCAUGGUUGGACCGCAAGUUGGAUUUGAGGAUGUUUCUAUAAAUAAAAUAACACAUACGCGCGCACACACGCACACACACGCAUGCACGCACACACACUCACACACAGAUGCACACAAACACAUGCACACACACGCACGCACGCACACACACACGCGCACGCGCACACAUGCACGCACACACAUGCACGCAAGCAUACACACGCACACACACGCACGCACACACAGAUGCACGCAAGCAUACACACGCACACGCACGCACACACAGAUGCACGCAAGCAUACACACGCACACACACGCAUGCAAACACACACACACGCAAACACACACGCACGCAAACACACACACGCAAACACACACACACGCAAACACACACGCACGCAAACACACACACACGCACACAUACAACCAAGUAAAGAACUUGCACAUAAAUUAAGCCAAACUGGAAACCUUACAAAGUAUCUAGACAUCUAAACCUCUGAUAUGAGGUGCUGUAAUGUAGGGAUCAGUCACUGUACCGUUUCUACCCUGACCUCUGACCUGACCUCCACUUCCUUGGUGCUGGUUGGAAGAGCUGGAAUUAGUCCGUCGUUUACACCCCUCACUGGUUCCACACGUGGAGACCUAGCACACAAUAAGCACAAAAUAACGAGGGAGGGUAUAAUGUGUGUAAUCACAGUGGGGCUGGCUCAUUCAAACUCGCCGGACAUACCUCAGCUUUCUUGGUGCUGAAGCGUUCCAAACACACUCCCUAUCCAACAGGCUUUUUUCCCUCUGGAUUUCUAUUGCUGUAUAUUUUUUUACAGGUCUUCUAACUUGACAGGAAGGUCCCCCAGUCACCAGACCAACUUAAACAUGCAACAGUGGUGCAAGUGAUAACCUACGUUUGUGAAGGGCUACAUCACCACGGGUUUUGGGAAGUCUCAGUGAGAGUCACAUUCUAAACAUGGUGCUGAAAUCACUUGCCUUAUUCCCUACAGAUUAUGGGAGUGAAAUAUAGCAAACCAAUCCUCAGCGGUGUUGGAAGGGAGCUGGGUAAUUACACACUUGCCAGGUAGUGCAAGGGUCAACGUCUUCAGGGUUUUUCUCUUGCACCGAACCAUGAGGGCAGCUUGACUGAUCCUCACAUACUCCUCUCUCAUUGUGUGUGUCUCUCUCUUCCCUUCCCCCUGUCCCCUCCCACCCCCCCAUGUUUAUUAACGGAGUUCAGAAUUCAUCGAGGACAAUGCUUGUUCUCCACUGAAGGUCGUCUAGAAGGCUGAUCACUCUUAAGAAGAGCACAAAUUGUUCACUUUCUAUAAAUUUCCAGCAUGUUUCUACUACCUGUUUGCAAGCCCAAAUCUCACCCAAGGGUAACAGCAACAAGGAUCUCCCAUCUUCCCCUACCCUAACAAACUCCCACUUCCCUCACUGUUCAAGAGUUCUCUCAAACCUGAUUAUCCCAAUUCUGUCUGCCUCGUGUUGGGUGCCAGAUUGGGGUUAAAUUUAUGCUCCUCAACUUGUGUUCCUGUGAUCAGUGGAGGCAAUUUGCUUCCGUUUUGAGGUGUGAGAGAUGGAGGGGGAGGGGAAGAUGGUGCAUUACAAUGGGGUUUAUGUCUGGUUACUCUGAGUGGGGUAGGGUGGGGGUCUUUGCAUUAGGGUUUUUGCACAAUUUUGGGAAGCUGUAAAUGAAAAAAGGAGGAAGAAUUAGGAAAGUUUUUUUUGGUUUUGCCUUGCACAGUAAGAAGAGUUGAAAAUUCCUUCAUGGUGUAUUACUUGGUGUAAGCAUUUAUAUUCACUCGAAUAUGCUGGGAUUUUUUGAAAAUUCUCUGUGUAGAUGGGGUGUGUUUUAUCCUGUGUGUGUGGUGACGAUGAUUGAUAUCUGGAUCCGUCCACCACGAGGUCUUGGCUGAGGCAAAGGUAGAUGGCUUCCAAUGUUCAAUCAUCCGUGUAGUUACCGGCCAUCUCAACCAGGUGUCCGGUUUGUUUUAGCACAAGUCUACUGUUAACCCAAGCUGCCGUCUGUGAUAUAUCUCAGUGAGACUUCCGGAGCUUUCCUUUUGUGGAACAGUUUUCUGUAAAACAUAUUUUAUAUUCUGUACAUUUUGAUGUAACAUACAAUGUAAAUAAUCAGUGAAAACAAGAGAAACAAUGGUAAAAACAAUCAUCAGGAGAGUUUUUGUAGUCUUUUUAAACUUUGAGUUUGUGUACUUGAGUGUAACCGGAUUAAUGGACAACAGCUAAUAAUCUCGGUUUUAAUGUCUCUGCAGCUUGUAUAUGGGUUUUUAUUUUCCAGAUAAUGCACACUGUAUCUGUCAUAAAUUAUGACUUUGUCAUUAAA